AACGUAUUUCACUUCAUCGUGAACAGUACCAUGACUAUAAAGGUUAGCUCCUGAUAUCUAAGUAACAGCAACAAUAAUCCAACACUCUUAGAGUUGCAGGCUGUCAAAUAAAAGAUUAUCCUGUCUCAUAAACAAUCUAAAUAAAUCCAAUGAAAUUUGUAUCUACAUCGAGGUUGUAAUUAGCGCGGGUUCUGAAACUUCGUGGAAGCAAUGUCAGUUGGCAUCCCUAUCAAAGUUUUGCAUGAUGCCGAGGGGCAUGUCGUUACUCUAGAAACUGUUAGUGGCGAAGUUUUUCGUGGAAAACUUGUUGAAGCGGAAGAUAAUAUGAAUGUUCACAUGUGCGACCUAAUAAUGACUUCCCGUGACGGUCGUACAUCAAACCUUCAACAGGUAUAUAUUCGAGGCAGUAAAAUUCGUUUCCUCAUCCUUCCUGAUAUGCUGAAAAACUCCCCUAUGUUGAAACGUCCACAGGGUGCCAAAGGAUUAGGCACGGGAAGAGGGAAGAAUGCAAUGUUAAGGGCUGGUGUUCGCGGGCGUGGCACUUUUGUUCGUGGACGUGUUGCAACUGUUCGUGGCACUGGAAGAACUACCGGACGGUUUUGAUGACUCCGCUAUGUUAUUGAGUAACUGAAUCUGUAUAUGUAUCAAAAUAUUCAUACAUUCACAUAAUUCUGCUUGUCUUCUUAUUGUCUGCUUCUCAUUCGUCAUCUAAUGUAAAACCAAUGUCGAUUGCGUCCACCCUCGAAUCACCAACCAAAACUUUGGUAGUGCAUAUCGUUACUUAAUAGUUUGGUAUAUCAUGUGUUAGUUCAACAAUGCUCAUUCAGUCACUAAAUUACA